CCAGCUCACUUGCAAAGACUAUUCUACUCUUCAUCUUUAAAAAGAUGAAUAACACCUCCUUUUACCAGCCACUCUUGCCCUAAUGAAUUAUUUAGAUUGCAGUCUUUCCAGUACAUAUGACAUUUCAUGAUAUUUACAGAAUGGGGACUAGUUGGUAACUGGAACUCCAAAGCAUUGUUAUCUUGCCAAGUCAAGAAAACUGAGCUUUUCCAAGAGUAAUUAAGGAAGAACAUAGAAAGUUGACUCACUUGGUGGCAUCUGCUUUUGUGAGGAACAGACAGUUCAAAGUUCCAGAUCUGAACUGGACUAUACUUUGUCACCAGAAAGAAUGAAAGAAGCUGAAAUCCUUCCCAUGCCUAAAAUUGCCCUGUGAUCCUCAGAUCUGUCUUAAUUCUUCUCUCUGCUUUUGAAAUGUCUACCCCUACAGAUUUCUAAAUCUAGAAAUAUGGAUCCUUGAUAAAUGCAUAGGGGUCAUUUGAUUGCCUCUGGGCCAUCAUACUGGAAGUGUUUUCUUCAGGAACAACUAGCCAUAUUUGCUUUGUAAAGGAGAAUAAUCUCAGAACUUUGAAUGAAUGGAUAGUAUCAGACUACAUAGCCUCUUCCACCUCGGAUAUAUAUUUUGCACAUGUGUUUUAGAUAAGAUCAGAAUGCGUACUACUAUCUCUGCUUCCUUUCUACUCACUUGACAACCAGGAAACCUGUAUUCUAAUCUGGGUUUCAUUUCUUGUCUAUAUAUUGGAAUGUUCCAAAGAGUUGCCUUGUCUAUAUAUUGGAAUGACCUACUUCAUGGGAAUGAUAUGAAGAUUAAUAGAUCACUGUGCAUCACACCAGUGUGUUAUAGUAGUUAAGAGUGUGAGAUUGGAACUCAGGAGGUCUGAUUUCUGGUCCCCCAUCUAGUCUUGUCCUCAUAGAGCCAACUGGGUGACUUUGAAUCAGUCACAGACUCUCAGCUCAACCUACCUCACAGGGUUUUUUUUGUGAAGAUAAGACUGAGAAGAGGAAGAGAAUUAUGAAAGUCCCCUGAGUUCCUUGGAAGGAAAAAGGACAGGAUAUGGAUAUAAAUAUAAAUAUAUAAAUAAAUCAGAUGUUGUGAUUUUAAAGAAUUAAUGCUGGAGCUGGGGGUUGAAGAAACAAUGGACUAUCAAGAAAAGGACCACUGUAUUUCUGAUCACUAUGUACUGGCAUGAAAGCUGGAUGGUGAAGAAAGCUGACAGGAAGACAUACAAGUGACUCAUGGCUCCAAUCAAGCCAGAGGUUUCCCUAGAGGCAAAAGUGACAGAACUGAGGCUGUCAUACCUUGGACACAUCAUGGGAAGACUAGAUUUCCUGGAGAAGACAAUCAUGUUGGGGAAAGUCUAAGGCAAAAGUCAAGGGAAGACCAAAAAUGAGAUGGCUUGAAUCUAUAAUGGAAGCCACAGUCUUGAACUUGGGGGAGCUGAAUGAAGCUGUCAUGGACAGGGCAUUUUGGAGAGCUCUCAUUCACAGGUUCACCACAAGUCAGUGAUGACUUAUUGGUAUAUAACGGCAACAAAUUAAGGAAAACAAACACACUUGAAUAACUCUUGCAUUUCUGUAAGACUUCUAAACUGAAUCUCAAAGGGAGGUCUUUUGCAGCCAGAGUCCUCUGUUGCAGGCAUUCCUAGGUACAAAGAACAGUGCUGAGGUAUCAGAGAUGCAUGUAACUGACCAUUUGGCUUUCUGAAUACUGCAUCAAGAGGCUGAGUCUUAGGUUCACAUGUCCUCCCUACCUUUCUGACCUGGCUAAGUGCUUCCCAGCAGAAGGGCUGACCUGGAGCAAACCCAUCCUGUUGUCCUAAUGCUUUUCUUCCUCUUCCUCUAUCAGGAGAAAGCCUUAUUUCAUUUUGUGGAUGAAAGAUUGGCAAGAUUUUCUGUCCCAACUGUUCCUUUGAAAUAAGUAUAAGUCUGUCAAUGACGGAAUAUGGCUUCACUCUGCAUUUUAAUUAUGAAAGUACUCUAGAAAUUGUCUUUUAAAAAUAUGUUCCUAAUUUAAUGCAGUUGAGAGGAUAUGAGAAGAAUAUUUCAUGUAGAUACCCUAAUCCAGGCAGUUGAAAUAAUGUGUUGCUUUCCAAGUGGAUGGGUAUGGCACUGUAUCUUCAGAAUUUUAAGGCAAGGUAAAUGUAUAGUUAUCAGAAUAAUGUCUGUCAAAUCACUCUUCACUGACCGUGGCUGCUCAGAAAUUGGUUACAUGCUUGUCUAAGUGCUAACUGCAGUUUUUGCUAACUCCAAAUAUAAAGAUUACUUGAUAUUAGAGAAGAGUUUUUUCCCCUGAGCUUUCCUAGCCUCUUGGAAUAUCUGUUCUUGGUGGCUGAGAGCAGUCAUAGUUCACUGUUAGAUUGUUUGUGUAUUUAUGAUUUUUCUGUACCUACUAAUGAAACCUUCAAUCAAACUAGAAACAAGUCAUAUUAUAUAAAACCAACAUGGCUAUGAAGCACAGGAUAAAUUCCAUGUGAAAAUAGUGCUAAAAUCAAAUGGGAGAAGGAGCAAACAGCCCAAAGAUCUAAAAUACACUGGGGCAAAAUUUAAAAGGGCUAGGUAAAUUAGAAAGUCUUUACUUAGUGCUGGAAAUAUCCCAACAUAUGCGCAUUAGGGGAAUCUGGAAAAGGGCCUCUGAUGAAAGUCUUAAGGUCUCUUUGAUUGCAUAUGGGAGGAGGUGAUUUUUCAGAUUUCAAAGCAUUUACUACAUUAAAUGUAAAUACCAACCUUGGAAUCAGGCUUGAGUGGAAGCCACUGUAGAUUGUUUUGGUGUCAUACUCUGGGUGAGCUGAGGUUUCUGGACAGUUUUCAGAAGUAUCCCCUUCAAUAAUUCAUUGACGUAACCCAAACAGGAGCUAGAUAGCUCAGCUGCCCUGAUCCAGACAGGGUUCUAGUAAAUAUAUCAACCUAAGCCACCCUUUCUCAACCUGGUGCUACCCAGAUAUUUUGGACCAGCUCCCAUCAGCACCAGCCAUCAAAGUUAAUGAUAGAAAUGAUGGGAGUUGAAGUCCAAAACAUCUUAAAGAUACCUCGUUUGGGACAUCUGAUCUAAGCAAAUAAACAGAGCUCCACACCAUUGAAUCCUGCUGGUACCAUCCCCUCACUGAGAAAGGAAUUUAUAAGGACCCACAUUUAACCCUUAGUAAAACAUUGAAAGGACUUUUGGAUGGUACAAUUAAUGGACGCAUUUGCCUGAGAUAUGUGUGGUGCCAUUUACAAUAUACAAGUGCUGGACUGCUUAUACAUGGAGAAGUACUCAUCAUCUUGUCAGUUAAAUUAGAGGGCCCUGCUUGAAUAUUGUCCAUUAGUGGGUUGUAGGAAGGAACAUGGCCCUUUCCCAGGCAGCUUCAUUUAAGAUGGUCUUCUUAUAUUUAAAAGGCUGGCCCUUGUAGUCUUGUAGUCCUUUAAACCUGAGACAGAAGCAGUUAAGACCACUGGGUGGAAAAAGAAUACACAUAGAGAUGUUAAAAUAAUUAUUUGAAUUUACUACUUAUAUUUGAGCACUGUUGCUGGGAACCUGCCUCUCUGCCUCCACCAGCAGAUCCUUCCAAAAAGAUCCAGAUAAAAGACUUUAACUACGGUCGUUAUGUUAACGUGUGCCAGCCAGACUGAUACCAAAAGGCUAUUGCAGAUAUUAGCAAAAGACAUCAAGUUAGAAAAGCCAGUUAAUUAAGGAGAUAUUACCACUUGUGUCGCAAAGUUGAUGCCAAACUGUACCCCCAUCUCCUUUCUCAAGCAAAUGGAGUUAGCUCCAUCCUUAGGGAGGUUCCUGCUGCUUGUGGGCCAGGGAGCACGAACAUCAGGCACUACUUAUUUGGACUACUCUAAAAGGCUUCAGCAUAAAGAUAGGAUUCCCCAAAUCAUGUAUAUUUCUGAAGAAUUUUGAAAUAUGUAUAAAAAUAGUACUGAUAGAAGCUUCGCGGCCUUGAUUUGGAAAGUGAACAUUGUAUCUUUGAACAUUUCAAUGGAACAGUUAAUUUAAUACCAGUCAGUGGAGCACAAUGCUCUGUAAAUGGAAUUCAGAUCUCAGAGGCUACACAACUCAACCAAGGUGCAGUUAUAUUACUUGGGAGAACAAACAUGUUUCGUUUCAAUCAUCCCAAGGAAGCAGCCAAACUGAGGGAAAAAAGAAAGAGUGGACUGCUUUCCACCUUCAGUUUGUCCAUGUCAGAUCUUUCAAAAUCUUGUGAAAACCUCUCAGCAGUCAUGCUGUAUAAUCCAGGUCUUUUCCCUGUAAAAGGACCAAUCUGUCUAAGAUUAGAAUUUGAGAGACAGCAACGAGAAGAACUAGAAAAAUUAGAAAGUAAAAGAAAGCUGAUAGAAGAAAUGGAGGAAAAACAAAAAACAAACAAAGCUGAACUAGAAAGAAUGCAACAAGAAGUAGAGUCACAACGUAAGGAAACAGAAAUAGUUCAGCUACAAAUCCGAAAGCAAGAGGAGAACCUUAAAAGGAGAAGUGUUCAUAUAGAAAGCAGGAUGAAAGACUUGUUGGCAGAAAAGGAAAAAUUUGAAGAAGAAAGAUUACGUGAACAGCAAGAAAUAGAACUUCAAAAAAAGAAACAAGAAGAAGAAAUUUUUGCUAGAGUUAAAGAAGAACUUCACAGAUUACAGGAGCUCAAUCAAAAUGAAAAAGCAGAGAAAAUGCAGAUAUUCCGAGAAUUGGAAAAGCUUAAAAAAGAAAAAGAAGAACAGUAUAUCAAAUUAGAACUGGAAAAAAAGAGGCUAGAGGAACAGGAAAGAGAUCAAUUACUGCUGGUGGCAAACUUAGAAGAACAGCUUAGAGACAAACAAGUCAUGAUACAGCUGCUCAAAAGAGAUGUGCAAAGGGUUGAAGAGGAGAAAAAAGGCCUUGAAGACAUCAGAGAGUCUCUCUUGCAUGUCAAAGAAGCCAGAUCUGAGGGAGAGGAAGACUGUGAAGAAUUAGAAAAGGUACAGCACAGCUUCAUGGAUUUUAAGCGGAAGCAACUAGAACGACUAACUAGUUUAGAGAGAGACUUGGUACAGCAAAAGAAUCAUCUGGAAAAAGAGGUAGCUGAUGAACAUGAAAAUCUGGUCCAUUUAAAACAUGCAUAUACACAGAACUUAAAUCUAGAGAGCAAGGAUGAAAACAUGCUGGAGGCGGCAUUAGCUGUUGAAGAAUGCAACAAAAUAAAAUUAGGUGAAUACAGGCUGCAACAUAAGGAGAGGCAGCUUCUAUAUCUUAUGAAUAAUCAUUUACCAACUUUGCUAGAAGAAAAGCAAAGAGCCUCUGAAGUACUUGAUCGAGGCAUGCAAAGCUUGGACAAUACACUUUAUGAAGUUGAGAAAGAAAUGGAAGAAAAAGAAGAGCAGCUGGCGCAAUAUAGGACCAGUGCCAGUCAGUUGCAGCAGCUUCAAGAAACAUUUGAAUUCACUGCCAACAUAGCUCGUCAAGAAGAAAAAGUUCGGAAAAAGGAAAAAGAAAUCCUGGAAUCAAGGCAAAAACAGCAACGAGAGGCACUGGAGCAAGCUGUAGCUAAGCUGGAAAGGCGGCACUCUGCUCUGCAGCGUUAUUCUACCAUAGAAAUUGAGGAGCAGAAGCAGAAACUUGCAACUUUGAACAGCAGUUACACUGAACAGGCUGACCUGCAAGCUACUCUAGAAGCAGAACAAAAGGCCCUGGAAGAAGAUCGAGAACACUUGGACUUGCAAAUACAGCAGCUAAAGCAGAAGAUAUACGAAGGUGAGGGAAUUGAAAAAGGCUACGUUGGAGUUGUAGAAGAGAGUAGCAGCUCCUCUUCUAACAUUACCAAAUCUCCAUCCCAUUUUAUACCACUGGUUGAUGACAGAAUAAAUGCUUAUAUUGAAGAAGAAGUUCAAAGACGCCUUCAAAAUAUUCACUAUAGUUCUGCAGAGAACAAUAAUAGCCUGUUACAUUCUACAGGACUUACAAAGGAUAACGAGAAAUUUCAUAAUGGUACCAUUCAGCGUAAGUUGAAGUAUGAGAAAAGACAGCCUGGCUUGCCCCUUUAUGGCAUUCUUGCUCUCUGUAGUGAUGGCAACCAAAGUUAUAACCUGACUGGUGAAGAUACAAGAAUGGCAGUCAUCACUGAGCAGGAAAACAACAUAGCUGCACCUAAUCCUUCUUGGAGGAAAAUUAUGCAGUUCUGCGUGACUCAAGAAGCAACAAAUCAAAGGAGACAGUUAGAACAGGAAUCCAUCAAAUGCCCGUGCAAUAGUGAAUGUGACUUGAAUCAGUGCAUACUUUUUAGGAACAAGAGAACUUGCUCUAAAUAUUCUACAGAUCCUCUUCCUCAAGCUCAUGAUGGAUGUAGAAUGAUUCAUUUGUCAGAUAAAAAAGUAGUGCUGCAUCAUUCUGGAAACACAAACCUUCCUGCUCCUUCCUGGGAAUGCAGUAGCUCAGAAGCCAAAUCUUGUUCUUUCCAUGCCCAUUGUACGCCAGCCUCAAAACCUUUAGCCUCUACUAAACAUCGAUCUGAUAGUUACACUUUCCUGUCUCUCAGAGAAUACCGUAACAAAAUUCCUCAUGUUUAUGAGCAGAAUCCAACCUGGCAAUUGGAUGAAAGUGCCAACCAAAGAUUCUUCCCAGAUUCAUUUUUGGGAACAAAAUAUAUUCAUGGCCUGGGACAUCUGUUUAGCAAAUUCACCAGUAUUUAUAGUGAUGUCAAUUGUCAAAUAUUUAAGAGUAGCUGGUUUUCUAAACAGAUUAAAGAUCUGAUGAGCUUCUUUGACAAAAAUGAGAAGCAUUCUCAAGUAGUAUCAUUUAUUAAAAGCUUUCAAUUUAUUAAAAAUAUGCAGUUAAAUCUGCUUUUAGGUAUGAAGAUGAAUGACUCUCAUGAUGCUAACAUCAGCUCAGGAAGCCUUUUGCAAAAUGAAGACACUGUAAACUUCUUGCCCUCACAAAUCUCAGUUGAUAUGUGUGCAGUGGAUUGUGUUGAGGAAUCAGAUAACAGUUGCAGAAAUGAAAAACUGAAAAGUAACCUCCUAAUUACGCAGAAGUUUGUAUAUUUCUCAAAUGGUCUUCGGAAAUUGCAGCUCUGUCCCUGGGAUGAAUUGUUGCAAUAUGUGACCUCGCUCUUUCCAGAAAUGUGUGCCAAACCUAAUGAACUUAAAGGAAUAUACUGGAUUGCUGUGGGGAGCUAUAAAAAACCCGGCCCAGAGCCUGCGUGCUUGCUUUUACUUGGUUCUGUGUUAUAUGCUCUUGGUCAGUCAGUCGAUCAACUAGAAACUAGUCAGGGCUCUCUUGAAAUGUUUUUUUCUGUUCCAAUCACUGCAUUAAGAGAAAUUCAAAUUGGCUAUGCUGGACAGAGCAUCAGAGUUUUGUGUUCCAAUGAAGAAAAUAUAGUGAAACUCUUCACCUUUGACAGGUACCUCACACAAAGAAUAUGUCAUGACAUACUUAGCACUGUCAUUUCAUCAACUGAGCAUGCUUGCUUGAAUCACCCACUGUUACAAGGAGACCUGUUGAAACUCUCACUUGAUUGGACUUCAGCAGUCAUGGACUUAGUUCUUGAAAGCGGUGUGCGCCUUUCAUGCAAUUUUGAGGCCAAUUUAGCUGAUCUGGUUUAUUUGCUCCAUGAAAACAUGGAAAUCAACAAACCCCCUUUGGGAGAAAUUCAGUUAUUGCUGUAUACAACAGUGAAACUAGGGAAUAAAUUCAGAUCACUAGUCCUCACUAAUACUCAUAUAGGUCUUAUACAAGAAGAUAGUGCCUUCUGCCAAAUUCCUAAAAAUCUUUUAGCUGAUGAGUCACAGUUUGACAGAAUUCAGCUGCAUUGUUUGAGUGAACUCAAGUGUGUGGUUGUCCCAGAGAAAGAGAAUCUGCUAGAAAUUGAGCUUGUAUUUUCCAAGUCAAGUAAGGUUGACAGUGCUGCUGCCGAUAGCUUGCCUUGCACUUCUCUAGAAAAGGAAAAUAUACAACGGAGAUCUCUUUCGUCCUUUUGCCAGGUUUAUUCUAGCACCCCAUCAUGUACCUGGAAAUUGACAUUCAGUUCAAACCAAGAUGCCAUUAGAUUAGUGUUGCAUUUGACAGGACAGUAAAUCUGAGUGCUCUUUUACGUUCAAUCCAAAUAAUGUUUAAAUCUAACAAGAAAAUAUUUUGGAACUGAAUUGUGUGGGGGUUUUUCUCUAAAUGUCUCUUGGAAGAGGCAUGUAGAGGUAGAUUCAGGAUGUAAGAACAAUCAGUGGUAGGGAUCCAUCCAUGUGUAUGCACAUAUGGACAGGAGAAAUUAGUGCUUGCCUUGCAAUUACUCAUAGGGGCAACAAGCAGCUGGGCCAGUCAUGGAGCUAGAAGAAUUUUUAUCUUUCUGCCCUCAUCCAGAAAGGAUUUGAUUUGAAAGCAGCAUCAGCAGCUUCUCUGCAAGUGAAAUUACAAUGCAAUGGUUUCUUCUUCUCAUUCCAUUUGAUACAUCUUGAAUAAAAUACUUGUUCCAUUCCCCUUCACUGAUACAUGAAUUCAGAAAGCUAGGAUUCUUUUCUUCAGUGUAAUGUGGGCUGCUUCAAAAUUAUUUGAGGUUCCCAAUGCAUGAUUUGCCUCUUUAAUAUGUGAAUGAUAAAUCAUGAGGUGCAUUCUGGAACCAGAAAAAAAAAAUCCACAUUUCAGUUGUGUGUAUUCAUAUUGUAAGUAGUCUUAAGAAUGAAAAUGAUAGUUCUUAGUGCAAUUAUAGUGUUUGUUCUGAAAUCAGCACACAUGCACAUGCACACACACAUUGUACUAAAGUGAAAAAUAUGGUAUGAAAUGAAUUUCCAUGCUAUAUUCUCAAAAACCACUCCUGUGUUCAUUCUAUUAAAUCUGUCAUUAAAAAUAAUAAAUUUAAGCCAUAAUUGUGGCCUUCAGGAAAGAAGACAUUCAUUCAGUUUUAUAGGGGAAAAGAGCAUUGUUAUAGAAUUGCACAUUUUCUUGGUUGAAAUCUUUAUUUCAUAACCUUUUCUUUGGUUAUAUACAAUUAAAAAUCCCUGUUGCAUAUGUAGCUAUCCAUGUAUCACUUUAAUUUCUUUCUGUAAAAUAACGUAUCAGUUAAUAAUGCAAGUGGAAGAUUGCUCA